UAUAUAAAUUACUUUUAUUUGUGAAAGUGGAGGUCGGUUCCGGGGAGGGGAAUUGCUCGCUGAAUAGUUAUUCUGAGGUGGUUUAACGUCUCUCGGCUGAAGUGGAACCAUAUCGGGUUUCCGCUGAAGUCGCUUCUUUCCACGCCUGAACUUCAUCACCCGCGAGUCCGGAGCGUGACUCCAUAGCUACUGCCGCGGCCGCACUUCCGCUGCGCGAGGUGGCUAGAGGCGCGGACACGGAGAGCGGCGCGUUCGCCGAGGUACGCUUCCUUUUCGCCUGAGGCCGGCAUGUCGGAUGAGGAUUCGAGAGCCAGCACCAGCUCUUCAUCAUCAUCCUCUUCCUCGACCCAGCAGCCCAAGCAGAAAGGCGCCCCCACCAACAAACGGGAGGGCAGAGGCAGCAUGAGCAAGCCGACCAAACUGCUGUCGACCAGCGCGAAAAGGAUUCAGAAGGAGCUGGCCGACAUCACGCUGGAUCCACCGCCGAACUGCAGUGCUGGACCGAAAGGAGACAACGUAUAUGAAUGGAGGUCCACGAUUCUUGGGCCCCCUGGGUCUGUAUAUGAAGGAGGGGUCUUCUUCCUUGACAUUGCAUUCACACCAGAUUAUCCAUUCAAACCCCCCAAGGUAACAUUUCGCACAAGAAUCUACCACUGUAACAUCAACAGUCAGGGUGUGAUCUGUCUGGACAUCCUUAAGGACAACUGGAGCCCAGCUCUCACCAUCUCCAAAGUGCUGCUGUCCAUCUGCUCCCUGCUGACCGACUGUAAUCCUGCUGACCCUCUGGUUGGAAGCAUCGCCACCCAGUACAUGACGAACAGAGCAGAGCACGACAGAAUAGCCAAACAGUGGACCAAACGGUACGCGACAUAGGCAGGCGGCCCCAGGCACCCGCGCGGAGCCUGUGCUUCGACAGCUGCUCAUGGAACGCCAACUGGGUGGGGUGGGUGGGUGUAAUUUCUAUUGCCGAUUUUUAUUGCAGUCUUUUAUUGCCCGCUGACUGUUGGGUUUCACCAUUGUAAGUCAUCAUACUCCUGCUAGACAGUAAAAACAGCAAUACGCUAGAUUUGUCAGUUACUCUUUGUGUUCAUGGAUUUCAGUGAGUUUGUGCUUUUGAAAUUUAAAAAUACAUUUUUACAUUGACUACUUGUAAAGAAUAUUAAAGCUUAAGUUUUUCCUGUUUGGAGAUUUUCAGUUAAAUAUGAACAUUUUAAUAAAGCCUUUUGAUGAAUAAUUCAUUUAUUACAAAAAACAAUAUUUAAUAUGCUUGGUUGCCAGAGCCUGUGGUCAUUCAAAAUUUUCCGUUCUGGUUGUUUGUGGAGACAAAGUAAUGUAUUUAUUACGACCGUCAUUAUUUAUUAUUGAUACAAGAAAUUAGGAAUGUUGGGAUGUGACAUGAAGUCGGCUACAAAGUGAACUUAAAUCCUGUAUCUACUCCAUACUCCAUUUUAAGUGCAUGUGGAACUGCUAAUAAGUUUGUUGUAAACCACUGGAACUGUAAUUUGAACCCCACUCCCCCUUGGAUGUUUUGCAUUAAAUUUUAUUCUUAAAAUUUAAGGGAAGUGUUCAGGUCUUCACACUUUUUUUUUUUUUUUUUUUGCUAUUGAAUAUUCAAAAUUGACUCUGAUAUGAAUCACUUUACCUUCAUUGUCUUGUGAAUGAGACUUGGAGUUUUCUGAAAGAAUAACAAUGUGUAAAUGCUUAACUGUAAAUGAUGUUUUCCCAGUAUCAAAUAAAACGUGCGUGCUUUUGCAAUGUAAAUAUUGCAAAGAAUCUUUAUUAAUAAAUUAGGGCAGCAGAGCUUAAGAACGCUAAGUAAAGAUCCCUGGCUCCUGGUCCCAGGAGGAGCUCUGCUUUGAACAAAAAAUACAGGGGUUUUCCUGCAUAGUCACCAGAUGGCUGUAUACAUUUUCACCAGUGAUAAAGAAGCUUUAAGACGCAGUCUGGGCGAUAUCCCCCACACCAUUUCUGUAAUCAUGUCCUCACAGCAUUCUCAGCUUUAUUUCUGGAUGCGUAGCGCUGUCCUUGAAGGUCGUCUUUUGGUUUUGGUAUAAGUUUGAAGUUGCAGGGUGCCAAGUAUGGGCCGUGGUGGAAGAGGUAGGAUGUGGAGAUUCAGCCUCAGUUAUUGCUUCCAUGGUGGUCAGUGAAGUGCAUGGCUUGGCGUUGGCAUGUUUCAGGAUAAACUCUCUUGCCCCCUCAAUUCCUUCAUAGUUUUAUUUAAACCUUUGAGCAAAAAUGUGUUAGACCUUCAUGAAGGCAACUUGAAAUGUAAUGUGAUGGCUCCACAAAACUUCUGCAUCAUUGGCGGUUAUCUGGUGACUGGAAGAACAAAUAUAAGUAAAGAUUAAAGAGCAUAUUGGAAGAAUUGCUUAUUCACAUAUUCCAAUCCAGCUGUGAGUAAUAGGGAUGAGGCAUCACUUUUCAUUCAAUCCUUGUAAUUAUUUUUUGUAAGAUUGCUUUGGAUUAGUGUCCACAAUUGAACUAAUAUAUUUUUAAUGAACAGAGCUACUUGUGCUUUUUCUUCCAGCCUGCAUCUGUCAAUUGCUGCAUUUUCCAAUGUGAGUCUGGUCUCCCCAUCUAAAAUAAAGCAGGUUUUUUUUU